AGCAGGAUAACUGAGGCAGAAGAACAGAUAAGUGAGCUGGAAGAUAGAAUGGACAACGAGGGGAAAUUUGAAUAUGAAGUAGGUGUCAGGAGGCGGCACUAUUGCCAUGAAUGUGGGAAGACUUUUGCUCAGAGUUCAGGCCUGACUAAGCACAGGAGAAUCCACACUGGGGAGAAACCCUAUGAAUGUGAGGAGUGUGGCAAGACCUUCAUCGGGAGCUCUGCCCUCGUCAUUCAUCAGAGAGUCCACACCGGUGAGAAACCAUAUGAAUGUGAAGAAUGUGGCAAGGUCUUCAGUCACAGUUCAAACCUUAUCAAACACCAGAGAACUCACACUGGGGAGAAGCCCUACGAGUGUGAUGACUGCGGGAAAACCUUUAGCCAGAGCUGCAACCUCCUUGAACAUCACAAAAUCCACACUGGGGAGAAGCCAUACCAGUGCAAUGUGUGUGGCAAAGCCUUUAGGCACAAUUCACAUCUCCUGAGACAUCAGAGGAUCCACGGCGAUAAAAACAUUCAGAAUCCUGACCAUGGAGAGACCUGGGAGAGUCAGGGGAGGAUGGAAAGCCAGUGGGAAAAUGUUGAGGCUCCCGUGUCUUAUAAAUGUAAUGAGUGUGAGAGAAGUUUCACUAGGAAUAGAAGCCUUAUUGAGCACCAAAAAAUCCACACUGGUGAGAAACCCUAUCAGUGUGAUACAUGUGGAAAAGGCUUCACCCGAACUUCAUACCUUAUUCAACAUCAGAGAAGCCAUGUUGGGAAAAAAAUUCUGUCUCCAUGACCCAUGUCUUAUAUGCCAGAGUUGAUGCUCACUCCUCGUUGAACUGAAGCCACCCUGCAGCCCUUGCUGACCAGAAAAUUGUGAGCUUGGCUUUA